CAUCUGCACAAAGACAUGCAGCGCAGAAUUUACAGCCCACCGGGGUCCUCACCUCUCUUUUUUUUUCUUUCUCUCUACACCUGCACAGCUCCACGGGCGAUUCUGAACGUCGAAGAGUUCACACUGCAGCCGUGUAUCACCGUGUGCCCCUCCUGUGAGCAGUCCGUCAUCACCGAGACCAAGGCUCAAGUGGGCAGCAUCACCAGGAUCUUGUGUCUGGCGAUCACCAUGUUCGGUGGAAUUUUAGGGUGCUGUUUAAUUCCCUUCUGCCUGAAGGAAUGCAAAGACGUGACCCACCAGUGCCCAACAUGCCAAGCCAGGAUCACCACCGUUGAGAGACUCUAAAGGACGAGCAUAAAAGAUGGGCAGGGCAGGAGGAGCAGCGAUCACGGCUUUGUCCUCCUGUCCUGUCAGGCUUUUAAGUGAAAGGUGGAACGACAGAACAAUGGCCAGUUCAGUGGGCAGCACUGCCACAUCACAGAUGUAUCGAAACGAGGCUCCAUCUGAACCUAAACAGAAGCUCAACUGAGGGUCAAGCAGGUGGGACUGGAAACGGAGCCGGAAGAAGCGACACGUGCAAAGAGCGAGUCAAGGCAGGCGGGUGAUGUGUGCCACUCUUUCCCCUCACUGUAAUGUAACUGCACUUAACUAAUGAGGAUUCUUCGUGCACAGGUGGUCUUUUUUUUUUAAUUGGAGUAAAAUGUUGCUCAAAAUGAGUAACAGUACGGUGGGCCGAGAUCUCCUCUAGUCUGCGUCAUUCACUUCAAUCCUUAAAGCGACUAUUUAGGAGACGGGGGUUUUUCACCCAUCACUGCAGAUUUUAACAAUAAAAAAAAAAAAUAAGGCUUCAACAAUCUUCUCUCAGAUUUUCCAUGGACUUUUUUUUUAUAUAGAUCACAUGUACAUAUUUUUAAAGGCAUAUUAAUAUUUGUGCACUAUUAUAUAAAAGAAGGACCCACAAGGCAUGAUGGACUUGGUCACUAUCUACAUUCACUGCUCAGAAGCCAUUAAGAUGGGUGACAAACCGUUUAGGUUAUAUAGCGCCCCCUUGUGUGUGAAGUACAAAUUGGGCGGUGGAAGGGGGUUGUACUUGAGCACUAUAACACACUGGUGAGGCCUCACUGCCAGUACUGCGUUCAGUUUUGGUCUUCAAAUGAAUAAAUCCAAAUCUUAUUAUGGGAUAUCAUCUAGU